CGGCAGUCGGAUGGGCUAAAACGCGCGACGACAACACCAACUGCUCGAAAUUUGCUAGACGACAAUGAAGCAAUAGGUAGAAGGUGACUUCUAUUGUUGUUGUUGGAAAGCUUUGUUGUAACAAAGUGACAGAAAAUGUUGAGACAGACACGCAGAGUCAUAAACACAUCUUGUUUCGUGCUGGGAGUCAGCCGUCUGAUGGAGUGCCGAAGGGCAAUAUCGGACAUAAAUCUCAAAACAUACAGUUUCGCAAAUGGCCGAAGAACCUGUGACGUACGCUUAACUGCCGACAUACGGAGACUCUACCCCUACGACAGCCUCGUUAAGGUCACAAACACUCAUGGGCUUCACAUUAAAGACUCCAGCGAUAGAGGCAAGUCUACGAUGACCUGUGAUCUGGAUAUUGAGCUCUAUUGCAGAGUGCGUGGAACAUCUUACAAACAUGAAUAUACGGGUGCGACCAAAAGAUAUAUGAUAAGGAAGCGGCUGUCUAAAAGCGAUGGUGCGGCCGAAAGCUAUCUGUAUCAGCAGGCUUGAUA